AGCCAACUUCGCAAUUUUCACACAACAUAAACGAAAUUUUGUGAAAUUCCUUGUUGAGGUUAGAAUUUUCUGGAAAAUUUUUAUUGUAUUAUUUUGACUGUUUUGUUGCUGUGAAAAUUCACGAAGAAAAUGCCUCAGAAUCGUCGAAAAAUUGCCUUUAGUGGGAAGAAGAAGAAAGCUCAACUUGCGGAACGGAAACAGAAGAAAAUAGUUCAUGCCAAUCCAUUCCUCCUGAAUAAAACCUUAAAAGAGGAGGCAUCUGAUGAUCAGUCUGACAAAAAGGGCGAGGGGUUGGAAGUACAGAGGAUCAACUUCCAGCCUGGAUCGGAUGGACGUGCAAAUAGGUAUGCUUUUCACUUCUACCGGGAAUCCGAUAAGCAGCUGAAGGAGGCACGAGAGGAAGCGAGGAAACCCCUCAAUCCCGUGCCGAGAGAAGCCCUCGAGACGGGAGAUGAUUUCUUCCUGGGAUACGACUUCCCGCAGAGGCCACCGUGGAAUUUUGAGAUGUCCAAGCAGAAGCUCGAAUGGAAUGAAAAUAAAUACUUCAGGGAUUACAUGCAAAAUCUCGAGAAGAUUCACUACGACGAGAAGAAGAUUCUGAGCUAUUGCGAAUUGAAUUUGGAGACUUGGCGUCAACUGUGGCGUGUCCUGGAGAUUUCAGACAUGUUCCUCCUCAUUGCGGACAUUCGCUUCCCAACGCUCAUGUUUCCCCCGUCGCUGUAUCACUACAUCCGCGGGGAGCUGGGCAAGAGUAUGAUUCUUGUGCUGAAUAAAAUUGAUCUCGUUGCUCCGGAAGUUGUUCUCGCGUGGAAGAAGUAUUUCGAGGAGAAGUAUCCAGCCCUGCACAUCCUCACCUUCACGUCGUUCCCAUCGUACAACCUGCGGGGGCCUCAGGGCUCCUCGACGGGGAUUCUCAUUCGACGACGGCGUGGGAAGAUGCGAAUGGCAGCUGAAGGGGCGCACGAGGUGUACAAGGCUGUCAGUGAUAUUAUCGGCAAUACCCUCGACAUCUCCAGCUGGGAAAAGAAAAUCCUCGAGGAGCUCAACAUAAGCGACGGGGAUGACGAAGAUGAGGAAGUCCAUACGCCAGAUGUGCACGAGGAGGAGAAAGAUCUGGAUUUCCAGAAGUACGUCCCUCACAAGAAUGGAAUCCUCACAAUUGGCUGCCUUGGAUUCCCAAAUGUGGGAAAAUCAUCUCUCAUGAAUGCCCUCAUGGGAAGGAAGGUUGUCAGUGUAAGCCGAACACCGGGGCACACAAAACACUUCCAGACAAUCUUUCUGACACAGAAUGUCCGGCUCUGUGACUGUCCGGGUUUGGUGUUCCCCUCAUCGGCUCCACGAUGCCUCCAAGUGCUAAUGGGAAGCUAUCCCAUUGCCCAGCUGAGGGAGCCUUAUGCUUCCAUCCGGUACCUCUGUGAACGUGUUGAUCUCAUAACUUUGCUCGGUCUCAAGCAUGAGUACCACGACCCAGCAGAUGGAUGGUCACCAAUCAUUGUCUGCGAUGAAUGGGCCAUAAAGAGGGGCUUCCUGACAGCCAGAGUGGCACGACCUGCAACGUACCGAAGUGCAAAUCACAUCCUCCGAAUGGCUCUAGAUGGGAAAUUCAGCCUCCACCUCCUGCCGCCGGACUUUAUCAAAAAUGAGGCAUACUGGUUGGAUCAUCCGGAACUCAAAGACAUCAUUGCCAUCCAGAGCAAGGAUCCAAAGCUCAGUGAGAUCAGCUUUGUCAACUUCACAGAUUCGGAGGAUGAAAAUGAGGACAGCACCGAUGGCGAAGGGGAUGAGCAGCAAGACGGAGAGACCAUCCCAACGACGUCAAAUGCAUUCUCAGUAUUGCUGAAAGCUGAUGAUGCUUAAUUAAUACCUACUACAGACCUUGCCGUUGCACGCUGAAUAUGAAGAAAAUGCGUCGUUUUUUGUGAUUUAAUUGCAAUUUCCGUGAAAUUUUCUUUGAAUAAAAUGUUUCUUCACGAA